UGAACGGUAAUCGCUCCGUUUCCUCGUCCGUCAUCAACGACAAGUACAAAGUGGGGAAAGUGAUCGGAGACGGAAACUUCGCCGUGGUGAAGGAGUGUGUCGAGAGGGCGACGGGACAGGAGUACGCUCUGAAGAUUAUUGAUAAAGCUCGCUGCUGCGGGAAGGAGCACCUGAUAGAAAACGAGGUGUCGGUGUUGCGGCGAGUUCGCCAUCCGAGCAUCAUCGAGUUAAUCGAGGUGGACGAAACGCCGAGUCAGCUGUUCCUCGUCAUGGAGCUCGUUAAG